AUGGAUGUGGCGCUGGGUGCUAGCCAGGGUCAGGGUGUACCAUCCAAGCCGCUUACUCCUGGUCUUGCUGUACAGCUUGUGUAUGGAAAGGUAUCUGUCAAAGGAGGGGAGAAGUUCGACGGAGCGUUGCCAGCUGCUGAUAUCAACUGGAAUGAGAAUUUGGGAUAUAUUCACCUCCAGGAGAAGUUUGGUGGUAACCGUCUUAUCGGAGUUUCCGCCGCUGCCAACGCCUCCGACGAGAGCAACACCUUCGUCUCCCUUCAUGAGAAGUCCCUCGUCGAUCUCUCCAACAACGUCAAGAAUGGCAAGCUCACAUGGACAGCACCGAAGGAUUGCAAAGAGUACGUUUUAUUCGCGCACUACGAGCGUUACACCAACCAGCGAUCGUGUGAUGGCGUGCCCACCGAUGUCAUCGCCAACGGCUCCUGGGUGACGGACCAUUUCAGCGCCACUGGGGCAAAGCUAGCUUCCCAGUUCUGGAAGAAGAACCUACAAGACCUUGAUGCUGACAGGCUGUCAUCCUAG